GUAGUAAUAAAUUACCUGUGGAAUCAAGGGGAGCAAGAGGCAGAAAUAACUUGGAGCCAAGUCACAAGGCAAGACUUCCUAAUAUUUUAAUAACUCAUGUGUUCCUCAGCUUACUUUAUAACUGGUCUAACCAAAACCCAACAGUCUUACUCUCAGAUUUAAUGUGUGCCCAGCAUUUCCUUCAGUGCUGGACAGGCUGCUGUGAAGGGACAUCACCUUUUCCCUUUUUCCAAGAUGGCUCAAGAGUCAGUAGAUCUUUCUUGUGAUUAUCAGUUUUGGAUGCAGAAGCUUUCUGUGUGGGAUCAGGCUUCCACUUUGGGAACCCAGCAAGACACCUGUGUUCACCUGGCUCAGUUCCAGGAGUUCCUGAGGAAGAUGUAUGAAGCCUUGAAAGAGAUGGAUUCUAAUACAAUUUUUGAAAGAUUCCCCACAAUUGAUCAACUGUUGGCAAAAGCUUGUUGGAAUCCUUUUAUUUUAGCAUACGAUGAAAGCCAAAAAAUUCUAAUAUGGUGCUUAUGUUGUCUAAUUAACAAAGAACCACAGAAUUCUAGACAAUCAAAACUUAACUCCUGGGUACAGGGUGUAUUAUCUCAUAUACUUUCAGCACUCAGAUUUGAUAAAGAAGUUGCUCUUUUCACUCAGGGUCUUGGAUAUGCCCCUAUAGAUUACUAUCCCGGUCUGCUUAAAAAUAUGGUUUUAUCAUUAGCGUCUGAACUCAGAGAGAAUCAUCUUAAUGGAUUUAACACUCAAAGGCGAAUGACUCCCGAGCGAUUGGCGUCCCUGUCACGAGUCUGUGUCCCACUUAUUACCCUGCCAGAUGUUGAUCCCCUGGUGGAGGCUUUGCUCGUCUGUCACGGACAUGAACCUCAGGAAAUCCUCCAGCCAGAGUUCUUUGAGGCUGUAAACGAGGCCAUUUUGCUGAAGAAGAUUUCUCUCCCCAUGUCGGCUGUAGUCUGCCUCUGGCUUCGGCACCUUCCCAGCCUUGAAAAAGCAAUGCUGCAUCUUUUUGAAAAGCUAAUCUCCAGUGAGAGAAAUUGUCUGAGAAGGAUCGAAUGCUUUAUAAAAGAUUCAUCGCUGCCUCAAGCAGCCUGCCACCCUGCCAUAUUCCGCGUUGUCGAUGAGAUGUUCAGGUGUGCACUCCUGGAAACCGAUGGGGCCCCGGAAAUCAUAGCCACUAUUCAAGUGUUUACGCAGUGCUUCCUAGAAGCUCUGGAGAAAGAAAACAAGCAGCUGCGGUUUGCACUCAAGACCUACUUUCCUUACACUUCUCCAUCUCUUGCCAUGGUGCUGCUGCAAGACCCUCACGAUGUCCCUCGGGGACGCUGGCUGCAGACACUGAAGCACAUUUCCGAACUGCUCAGAGAAGCGGUUGAAGACCAGACUCAUGGGUCCCGCGGAGGUCCCUUGGAGAGCUGGUUCCUGUUCAUUCACUUCGGAGGAUGGGCUGAGAUGGUGGCCGAGCAGCUCCUGAGGUCGGCAGCCGAACCCCCCGCAGCCCUGCUGUGGCUCUUGGCCUUUUACUACAGCCCCCAUGAUGGGAGGCAGCAGAGAGCACAGACCAUGGUCCAGGUGAAGGCUGUGCUGGGCCACCUCCUGGCGAUGUCCAGAAGCAGCAGCCUCUCAGCCCGGGACCUGCCGACAGCAGCAGGACAGGACACAGAAACAGACCCUAGAGCUCCUGCACAACAGCUCAUCAGGCACCUUCUCCUCAACUUCGUGCUCUGGGCUCCUGGAGGCCACACGAUCGCCCGGGAUGUCAUCACCCUGAUGGCUCACACUGCCGAGAUAACUCACGAGAUCAUUGGCUUUCUUGACCAGACCUUGUACAGAUGGGAUCGUCUCGGCAUUGAAAGCCCUAGAUCAGGAAAACUGGCCCGAGAGCUCCUUAAAGAGCUGCGAACUCAAGUCUAGAAGGCACGCAGGCCGUGUGGGUGCCUGGUGUGAGGGAUCAGGCUUGCCAGGGUCACAGGACAGAUGAUGACCUAUGGCUGCGCAUUUGUGGAGUAAGUAAGUGCCCUCUUUGGGCUGUGAGAAUGAGCCAUACACGUCUUGGGAAGAUCUGCUAGUAUCUAUUUUACAAAAUGCAGAGCCAGGUCCCUCAGCCCAGACUCAGUUGGACAUGUUCACCAAUGACUUGAGUGAGCCUUCAGCGCCCCUGGUGCCCGCCCGGCCAGACUGUCAGCUAGAGAAUUACUAAAGCAAAGGCUUGGGUGGGAGAACAGGUUUCUAGUUUUUACCCAAGUCUAGAUGCACAUCUAUUAUUUAAAGAUUCAAAGCCUUAGAACCAAGAAUUUGGUGAUGAACCAUUGAAGAAUUUAGAGAGAA